GGAUUUGCAGAAGCGUUUUUGGAACAUCUCUGGAAACAAUUACAGGAUCCGAAUAAUCCUGCCAUCAUUCGUCAAGCUGCUGGCAAUCAUGGACCCUUUUACUCAGCCUGUCAGGCCGUGUUCUACACCAUCGUUUUCAGACACAAGCAGCUUCUAAGUGGAAGUCUGAAGAAAG